UCAUGGCUUGGUCUCUGUCUGGUUGGCGCUGGGAUUUUUCUCAUCAAGCGCAUCAUAUCAAAGAAGAACCCCGCUCCCUUUCCUCCAGGUCCGAAACCCCUUCCCCUCAUCGGUAACCUUCUGGACAUCCCUUCUGAAAAGCAGUGGCUCACAUUCUCUCAUUGGGCUGACAAGUUCGGUGACGUGGUACACUUGGAGGUAUUUGGCGAACAUAUCGUCAUCCUCAACUCUGUAGAUGCUGCCGUCGAAAUGCUCGAUAAGAAGAGUUCAAUCUAUUCUGACCGCCCCGUCCUCCCUAUGGGAGGUGAGCUGGUUGGAUGGAACGAAACCCUUGUCCUCCUGCCCUAUGGAGACAGGUUCCGCCAACACCGCCGGAACUUCCACCGCGUCCUUGGCAACCACGCUGCUGUUGCUGUAUACCAUCCUAUCGAGGAAGCAGAGACCCAUAAGUUUUUGCAGCGCGUCCUAGCCAAGCCUGCUGAUUUGAUCGCCCACCUGCGCACGACUGCAGGGGCUGUUAUCUUGCGUAUUUCACAUGGGUAUUGUAUCCAGGAAGGCGGCGAUCCUUUCGUGGACCUUGCUGAGAAGGUCUUAGACGAUUUUGCCCGAUACACUAUUGUAGGCACUUUCUUGGUCGAUAGGAUCCCUGCUUUGGGGUAUCUUCCCGAAUGGUUCCCUGGCGCUGGCUUCAAACGCAUAGCAAGAGAGUCGCGUGCAGACCUCCACAAAAUGUUUGACCAAUCAUUUGAGUUUGUCAAGGAACAGAUGGCUGCUGGCGUUGCUAGUCAAUCAGUCACUUCAGACCUCUUGGAACGCAAAACAUCGACUGAAGAAGAGUACGACAUCAAGUGGACAGCUGGGGUGAUGUUCGCCGGUAUGGGCAAAGACACGGACGUUUCGCAGACCGUUGCUGCGCACUCCGCAUUCUUCUUGGCUAUGACUCUCUACCCAGAGGUUCAAAGGAAGGCUCAGGCAGAGAUCGACGCCGUUAUUGGUUCUGACCGUCUCCCCACAUUUGCGGAUCGUGAAUCUCUUCCCUAUGUCGACGCACUUGCCAAAGAAGUCCUCCGUUGGCAUGUCGUCGGUCCCGUCAUAAUGCCGCACCGCCUGCUUGUCGACGACAUUCAUAACGGCUACUAUAUUCCGAAGGGAACCCUGGUAUUCAGCAACGCCUGGCGCAUGCUGUAUGAUCCCUUGAUCUAUCCCGACCCCAAGGAAUUUAAUCCCGAUCGCUUCCUUCCGGGAGAGGGUAAGCCAUUGCCACCUGAUCCGCGUGACGUAUGCUUCGGAUUUGGGCGACGCAUCUGUCCUGGUUGUAUACCAACAGGUUUGUUCCUCGGUGAGGCCUCGGUGUGGAUCAUCGUAGCCAUGUCACUCGCUGUCUUCAAUAUCUCGAAGGUGGUUGAGAACGGAGUUGAAAUCACCCCGGAAGUUGAUCCCACGAGUGGUACCAUCAGGUAUACCCAGUUCAAGUGCUCGAUCAAAGCCCGGUCUGCGAAGGCUGUUGAGCUGAUCCAACAGAAUCCUCACCUUUGAUUUUCAAUAUGGAAUGUGCGUCUCGGAGGCAAAUCGUCCGUCAUGGGUGAAGCCCAUCUAUGCAUUCACUCGUGGACACGUCUGUUCAGUUUUGUGAACACCUGUAGGUUAUUUUGAGUGGCCAAGUAGUUGCAAGUUCAGGACCUGGCAUUCGGUAUCUAGUAUGCGGACACUGAUUAGCGAGUCAUGGGUAGGCGCCGGAAAGUAUUAUCUCUAUCGUCCAUAGUAUCUGCUGCGGAUUAAUAUACAUGUAUGUACAUGAAGUGCUGAGUACAUCAGUAAACCACUUUGUGUGCUGGCAGUCCUAGGGAAUCUGUCCAGUGCUGGACAGCUCUGGACAGCUCUGGACAGCUCUGGC